UGGAAGAUGGAUGCCCCCAACGAGAUAUGUGAGGAGACAGCGUUCCAUACUAAGGAAUGUCGGACUCAGAGAACCAAAUGUGAACAGCUGCUUUCUGAUCCAGCCUUCAGUAGCUGCCAAACACUGCUGUCCACUGAUGCGUUUGUGGAAGCCUGUGUUAAAGACAUGUGUCAGUGUACCAGCCGGGCUGUGUGUGUGUGCGACACACUAUCUGAGUUCUCACGCCAGUGUGCGCAUGCUGGGGGCAAGCCGCAGAAUUGGAGGACCCACAAGUUGUGUGAUAAAGACUGUCCAUUUAACAUGCAGCACAAGGAAUGUGGGAGCCCAUGCAAAGACUCCUGUUCUAACCAAGAGGAGAGCCAGGUCUGUGCUGAGCACUGUGUAGAGGGCUGUUUCUGUCCAUCAGGAACUGUGUAUAACGACAUUGAGGAAAAUGGCUGCAUCCCAGUUGAUCAGUGUCCCUGCAUCCACAAUGGAGAAAUUUACCAGUCUGGACAGUCAUACAAUAGGACCUGUCAAACAUGUGUGUGUUCUAAAGGCCAGUGGAGCUGUAAGAACCUGGACUGCCCUGGCGCUUGCUCUUUGCAGGGAGGGUCACAUAUCACCACAUAUGACGGCAAAGCUUACACCUUCCAUGGAAACUGCCACUACGUUCUUUCUAAGGAUAAUAAUGUGACUGUAUUGGCGAAUCUGGUGCAGUGUGGUCAGACGAAAACUGAAACAUGCCUAACUGAGGUCAAGUUCAUCAUCCCAACAGCUACUGUUACUUUCUUGUCCACUGGCACUGUACAUGUGAAUGAUAUUACAACUAAUCUUCCAGUUUUUAUGGAUCAAGUGACAAUCUUCAAGCCUUCUACGUUCUACAUCAUCGCCCACACUGCAAGCCUUCAGCUGGUGAUCCAAAUGGUUCCAGUCAUGCAAGUGUACAUUGUAGCCAGCUCUAAAAAGAAAGGAACAUUGAGCGGUCUGUGUGGGAAUUUUAAUGAUGUCAAGGCAGAUGAUUUCAAAACCGAAUCAGGACUGAAAGAGGGCACAGCCGCGACUUUUGCCAACACAUGGAAAGUUAUGACCACCUGUCCUGAUGUUAGUAACUGCCAUCAAGACCCCUGUAGUAUGAGUGUUGAAAAAGAGAGGUAUGCCAAAGAGUGGUGCUCCCUACUUACUGACCCAGAAGGAGUCUUUUCUCCCUGUCAUGUUGAGGUCAAUCCAGUGCCUUACAAAGAUAGGUGCAUUUAUGAUGCAUGCAAGUGUGCCAGAAGCGAAGAAUGCAUGUGUGCAGCUGUGUCUUCCUACGCCCAUACGUGUGCUGCUGAAGGUGUUCUGCUUCAGGGCUGGAGAAACACCACCUGUGCCAAGUUCUCCCAAGAUUGUUCAGGCAAUAUGGAGUACUACUACAGCCUGAGCAGUUGUGAGACCACCUGCCGCUCCCUCAGUGGAUAUGACUACACCUGUCAGGUGUCUCACACACCUGUGGAUGGCUGUGCCUGUGCCGAGGGUACCUACCUCGAUGAUAAGGGUGACUGUGUGCCUGCCUCCAGCUGCCCCUGUUACCACAACAAUCAGGUUGUGGCCCCCUCUCAGGUCAUCAACAAGGACGGGACUACAUGCACUUGCACUCACGGCAAGUUAGAGUGCCUUGGGGAACUGAAAAUUGACUGCCCAGCUCCCAUGUACUACUUCAACUGCUCCAAAGCGGGACCUGGAGCAAAAGGUGUAGAAUGCCAGAAAAGCUGCCAGACGCUGGACGCAGACCAGUGUAUGAGCACACAGUGUACAUCAGGGUGUGUGUGUCCAAAUGGUCUACUGGCUGAUGGACAAGGAGGAUGUGUAAAAGAAGAGAACUGUACAUGUUUUCACAAUGGAGUCUUCUACCAGCCUGGACAAACUGUUAAAGGAGACUGCAACACAUGCACUUGCAGAAACAGAAAGUUUCACUGCACAAGCAAAAAGUGUCCCAGCACUUGUACCAUCUAUGGUGAAGGUCAUUACAUGACCUUUGAUAGUAUGAGAUAUUCUUUCAGUGGAGUCUGUGAAUACAUGGUGGCCCAGGAUUACUGUGGCAACAGUCUUAGUGGUUCAUUUCGUAUCAUCACAGAAAAUAUCCUCUGUGGCACAACUGGGACCACCUGCUCCAGAUCUGUCAAACUCAUUCUAGGGAACAAAGAGUUCAUACUGUCAGAGGAGAAAAUUAAAGUUUUCAGUGAUAAUAAUGGCACAGAAAUCGCUCACAAAAUCUACACUGUGGGGAUUUACAUUGUCAUUGAGGCCAGUAAUGGUCUGGUUCUGCACUGGGACAAGAAGACAAGUCUAAAGAUUACACUCGAUCCUUUGUUUAAGAGAAAAGUAUGCGGCCUGUGUGGUAACUAUGAUGACAAUGGGAAAAAUGACUUUGUGACUCGUGGUGGGGAGGAAGUGGUGGAGCCACUUGAAUUUGGAAACAGCUGGAGAGUUUCUUAUACAUGCCCCAAAGCCAGCAUUAUCAGCAGCCCCUGUAAUAUGAGACCACACCGCCAGGCCUGGGCCAUCAAACAAUGCAGCAUUAUCAAGAGUGAUGUCUUUAAGUCAUGUCACUCCUUAGUGGAUCCAGAUCAAUAUUACGAUAUAUGUGUGCAAGACACGUGUGCAUGUGACACUGGUGGAGACUGUGAGUGUUUCUGCACGGCUGUAGCAGUGUAUGCUGCAGCAUGCAACGAGAAGGGAGCCUGCAUAUCGUGGAGGACCCCAACCAUCUGCCCUUUGUUCUGCGACUACUACAAUGUACCUGGAAGCUGUGAGUGGCACUACAAACCCUGCGGGCAUUGUGUGAAAACCUGGAGCAAUCCCUCAGGAGACUGCUUCAAUGAAACUCUAGUAGAAGGAUGUUUUCCAGUGUGCCCCGAAGAGAAGUCAUGCCUGAACGAGAUCACCAUGAAGUGUGACGAAUGCCCAUCAACAACAACGCAGCUCAACACCACCACCAACAACAACGUUGGUACCAACAACAACAACGUUGGUACCAACAACAACGUUGGUAACAACAACGCCAACCACAACAGGUCCUACCCCAGAAAAUUCAACAACAAGUGUCACAGUGUCCCCAACAACAGCCAGCACUACAACAAUGGACCACCAUGUUUGAACUAUGAAAUACGGGUAGAAUGCUGUGAUGGUACUUGCAGGGACCACUACCAGCUCACCACCAUCUUCACAACAACGGAACAACACACGUGUAACAACAACGCCAACGACAACAGGUCCUACCCCAGAAAAUUCAACAACAAGUGUCACAGUGUCCCCAACAACAGCCAGCACUACAACAGAGGCGAAUUUGAAUCUAUAGCUGCCAUUAGGAAAACAGGAAAGAUUCCCUGUGAGACACCAGCAAAGAUUGAAUGCAGAGCCAAAGACUACAAGGAUAAGACUUUAGCAGAUUUGGGUCAAAAUGUGACAUGUGAUGCGUCUGUGGGUCUUAUUUGUUAUAACAUGUAUCAGGAUGGACCACCAUGUUUGAACUAUGAAAUACGGGUAGAAUGCUGUGAUGGUACUUGCGGGACCACUACCAGCUCACCACCAUCUCCACCAACAACAACACAGGACCACUACCAGCUCACCACCAUCUCCACCAACAACAACACAGGUAACAACAACGCCAACGACAACAGGUCCUACCCCAGAAAGUUCAACAACAAGAGAGAAGGAGGCGAAUUUGAAUCUAUAGCUGCCAUUAGGAAAACAGGAAAGAUUCCCUGUGAGACACCAGCAAAGAUUGAAUGCAGAGCCAAAGACUACAAGGAUAAGACUUUAGCAGAUUUGGGUCAAAAUGUGACAUGUGAUGCGUCUGUGGGUCUUAUUUGUUAUAACAUGUAUCAGGAUGGACCACCAUGUUUGAACUAUGAAAUACGGGUAGAAUGCUGUGAUGGUACUUGCAGGACCACUACCAGCUCACCACCAUCUCCACCAACAACAACACAGGUAACAACAACGCCAACGACAACAGGUCCUACCCCAGAAAGUUCAACAACAAGUGUCACAGUGUCCCCAACAACAGCCAGCACUAUAACAAUUAGCUCAACAACAUCAGCAACUUCAACCGCACCUCCAUCAACUACAGCAGUGACCUCCACAACUAGCACUGUAACUCCAUCAACUACACCAGAGAUUAUUUCGAGAACAACUGAAGUAGCUUCAACAACAACAACAAUAAGCACAACUGCAACAACUACUACGACAUCUGCUUGUUUGCCUUGGCGCUGCCAAUGGUCUGAGUGGUUUGACACCAGUUACCCUGAUAAUCCACCAAGGAGAGAAGGAGGCGAAUUUGAAUCUAUAGCUGCCAUUAGGAAAACAGGAAAGAUUCCCUGUGAGACACCAGCAAAGAUUGAAUGCAGAGCCAAAGACUACAAGGAUAAGACUUUAGCAGAUUUGGGUCAAAAUGUGACAUGUGAUGCGUCUGUGGGUCUUAUUUGUUAUAACAUGUAUCAGGAUGGACCACCAUGUUUGAACUAUGAAAUACGGGUAGAAUGCUGUGAUGGUACUUGCAGGACCACUACCAGCUCACCACCAUCUCCACCAACAACAACACAGGUAACAACAACGCCAACGACAACAGGUCCUACCCCAGAAAGUUCAACAACAAGUGUCACAGUGUCCCCAACAACAGCCAGCACUAUAACAAUUAGCUCAACAACAUCAGCAACUUCAACCGCACCUCCAUCAACUACAGCAGUGACCUCCACAACUAUCACUGUAACUCCAUCAACUACACCAGAGAUUAUUUCGAGAACAACUGAAGUAGCUUCAACAACAAUAAGCACAACUGCAACAACUACUACGACACCUGCUUGUUUGCCUUGGCGCUGCCAAUGGUCUGAGUGGUUUGACACCAGUUACCCUGAUAAUCCACCAAGGAGAGAAGGAGGCGAAUUUGAAUCUAUAGCUGCCAUUAGGAAAACAGGAAAGAUUCCCUGUGAGACACCAGCAAAGAUUGAAUGCAGAGCCAAAGACUACAAGGAUAAGACUUUAGCAGAUUUGGGUCAAAAUGUGACAUGUGAUGCAUCUGUGGGUCUUAUUUGUUAUAACAUGUAUCAGGAUGGACCACCAUGUUUGAACUAUGAAAUACGGGUAGAAUGCUGUGAUGGUACUUGCAGGGACACUACCAGCUCACCACCAUCUCCACCAACAACAACACAGGUAACAACAACGCCACCGACAACAGGUCCUACCCCAGAAAGUUCAACAACAAAUGUCACAGUGUCCCCAACAACAGCCAGCGCUAUAACAAUUAGCUCAACAACAUCAGCAACUUCAACCGCACCUCCAUCAACUACAGCAGUGACCUCCACAACUAUCACUGUAACUCCAUCAACUACAACAGAGAUUAUUUCGAGAACAACUGAAGUAGCUUCAACAACAACAACAAUAAGCACAACUGCAACAACUACUACGACACCUGCUUGUUUGCCUUGGCGCUGCCAAUGGUCUGAGUGGUUUGACACCAGUUACCCUGAUAAUCCACCAAGGAGAGAAGGAGGCGAAUUUGAAUCUAUAGCUGCCAUUAGGAAAACAGGAAAGAUUCCCUGUGAGAAACCAGUGAAGAUUGAAUGCAGAGCCAAAGACUACAAGGAUAAGACUUUAGCAGAUUUGGGUCAAAAUGUGACAUGUGAUGCAUCUGUGGGUCUUAUUUGUUAUAACAUGUAUCAGAAUGGACUACCAUGUUUGAACUAUGAAAUACGGGUAGAAUGCUGUGAUGAUACCUGCGGGACCACUACCAGCUCAACACCACCACCAACAACAACGUUGGUAACAACAACGCCAACCACAACAGGUCCUACCCCAGAAAGUUCAACAACAAGUGUCACAGUGUCCCCAACAACAGCCAGCACUACAACAGUUAGCUCAACAACAUCAGGAACUUCAACUGCACCUCCAUCAACUACAGCAAUGACCUCUACAACUAUCACUGUAACUCCAUCAACUACAACAGAGGUUAUUUCGACAACAACUGAAGUAGCUUCAACACCAGGAACCACAAUAAGCACAACUGCACCAACUUCAACAACAUCUGUAUCAGCCUCUACACAAAUAACAACAGUAAACCAAACCACAACUGUCCCCACAACUACAUCUGUCACAGUAGGCACGUUUUUUGUGUUCACAAAGAAAACCACAGUCAGAUCCCCAGGACCCCAAAAAUGUGCCUGCGGAUAUGACACCAAGACAUUCCAGCCAGGGUCUUUUAUGUAUAAUACAACUGGUGAGGCCGGGCAGUGUUCCAGUGUUUAUUGUGGUCAAGCGUGUGAAAUUGUUACAAUUCCCCAACCUUGCCCUUCCACUACUCCUACUACUCCUACUACUACUACUACUACUACUACUACUAACACUACUACUAUUACUUCUGCACCUGUGCAACAUGUGGACUGCCAGUACGUUAAUCCACCAAGAAAGAAUGGAGAAACCUGGACUGAGGAUUGUUCUGUGAAAACAUGCAUAAAUGGUUCACUCAUCAUCCUGCCUGUGUGCAAGGAUUUAGCUCCUGCUAUACCCGUGUGUGUAAAUCCAAACUCUCAAGCAGAGAAGAUUAAAGAUGGGUGUUGUUUCCAUUAUGAAUGUCCAUGUAAAUGCAUGGGCUGGGGAGAUCCACAUUACGAAACUUUUGAUGGACAGUAUUAUGCUUUCCAAGGAAACUGCACAUAUGUGUUGGUCCAGGAAAUCAUCAAGAAGCACAACUUCAGUGUCCACAUCAAGAACUAUUAUUGUAAUGAUGAUCAGAGCUUGGCUUGUCCUGAGAGUUUGACCAUAUACUAUAAAUCAUAUAAAAUCAGCUUGAUACAGACAAGAAACCCAACUGUGAACACAGUAUUGGUCAAUAAUGAAAAGAAGAACACAACUUUCUCUAAUGCAGACUUUACCAUCACCAGUACUGGGAUUAAGAUGAUUGUGACCAUUCCUGCUAUCAGUGCUGAGAUUAAUUUCGCAGGCAUGAACUUUUUAGUGACCCUACCAUCUUCUUUAUUCCACAACAACACUGAGGGACAGUGUGGUGUUUGUGACAACAACAGGACAAAUGACUGCAGACUACCUAAUGGACAAAUUGGGUCAUGUGAGACAAUGGCAGGUGCUUGGAAAGUAAACGACACACACUGCCCCUUCAUACCUCCCACCAUAUCCCCAACCUCAACAACAGCUACCAAAACCACAAAUGCACCAUGUGACCCAGACAUCUGCAAAGUCAUCCUCAGCAAGGUGUUUGAAAAGUGCCACAACUUAUCUUCCCCCGAUCCUUUCUAUACGGCUUGUAAAUAUGAUGUAUGCCGCAUGGGGAACUCCUCUGGCUGCUAUAGUCUGGAGGCAUAUGCCAGCACAUGUGCUGAUGUGUCUGAAUGUGUGGACUGGAGGAAUUCAACCAAUGGACUUUGUGCAUACAAGUGUCCCAGCCAUAAAGUCUACAAGGCAUGUGGGCCCAAGGUGGAAGAAACCUGCAAUUCAAAGUACAAUGAGAAGUUUGUAGAUUGUAAGUCUCAGAUGUGUCAAGAAUUCAAGGAAGGAUGCUUCUGUCCUAACGGCACCACUCUGUUUAGCGCUGCUACAGACGUUUGUACAUCCUUCUGUGGUUGUGUAGGUCCUGAUGGACUGCCUAGGAAGCCAGGAGACAAAUGGAAAAUGAACUGUGAAGAUUGUAAAUGCAGUGCUGAGAACAUGGGUCCAGUAUGUAAACCUGUCCAGUGUCCAAUCCUUGAACCCUGCAACCAAGCAGGCUAUGAGAUCAAAAUAGAUGGAUGCUGUCCCGAAUGUGUACGCAAGCCAGUCUGUGUCUUCAACAACACAGAAUACUUGCCAGGAGACAAAUGGAAAAUGAACUGUGAAGAUUGUAAAUGCAGUGCUGAGAACAUGGGUCCAGUAUGUAAACCUGUCCAGUGUCCAAUCCUUGAACCCUGCAACCAAGCAGGCUAUGAGAUCAAAAUAGAUGGAUGCUGUCCCGAAUGUGUACGCAAGCCAGUCUGUGUCUUCAACAACACAGAAUACUUGCCUGGAGUUAAAGUUCCAGUUCCAGACAUCUGUAAGGACUGCAGCUGUGGUUCCACCGUGGACCCCGAGACUGGACUACAAGCUAUAGAAUGCUCUCCAGUGACCUGCAACACUACCUGCUCUCAGGGCUUCAGCUAUGUACUCCACCCAGGGAAAUGCUGUGGAAGAUGUGAACAACAACAAUGUAUUUAUACAGGACCAAACAAAAAAGUAUACACUAUUGAGGUUGGAGAGAGCUUUAACCCUCCAAAUGAAAAGUGUGCAUAUAGCUAUAAUUGCACUAAAGUCAAUGAUGCAUUUACGUUGGUGGCAAACAAAUCUACAUGUCCAGCAUUUAACCCAGAAAACUGCGUAAAUGGCACCGUGACAACCACACCAGAUGGAUGUUGCAAAACUUGUGAGAUUCAGAACUGCCGUGUUCAGAGGAACAACACCUACCUGUUAGCAGACAGCUGUACAUCUGUUCAUCCUGUGGAGUUAACCUCCUGCUCCGGCUCCUGUGACACCAGCUCAAUAUACUCAAUGGCAGCUAACAGCAUGAUGCACCGGUGCUCCUGCUGUCAGGAACUGCGUAUCAGCAGCAAGGAGGUGGAGAUGAAGUGUCCUGACCAGCGCCAGCUCAAUCACACCUACACUUAUGUUGAAGAGUGUGGCUGCCAUGUGACAGAGUGCCAAAAAAUGCAGUGAUUAAAAAUUUCAGUUCUCUGAUUUCUCACCAACUAAUUUCAAUAGACUUCCCAUCAACUGUGAUUGCAUCUGUUAAUGAAACUCUGUUGAUUUGAGUCCAAGUAACGCAUCAAAGGAUGAGAUAAAUGUAUUUCUUUCUGCGCUGUAAUGCCAGAAGUACUUUUAUUAAUGAUUAGUAUGUUAUAUGAUCGGUGCGUAAUUUCUUUGAUUUUUGGGCUACAGGGUACUAUGUUUUGCUAUCUAAAAAUGGCAAAAGGUAUAAGCACUGUAAUCUCCUGCAUGCUUUGUCUUAACUUACUCAAUU